GCGUGGUACCCGCCCGUCCCGCACACCAUAACGCACGCCACCCACCGCCACCUACUCGCUCACUCCUUUACUCGGCGCCGUGGCUGGCAGUUAACGGCCGCUUAAACUACUACCAGCGGCCACCGCGGCCGAGUGGGGUGGUGGUGCUGGCGGCGUGGUGGUGCUAAUGCUGCUGCGGCUGCUGCGUGCGGUGGCACAGCGCGGCCUGUCGCGAUGACGCGCUCCUCCCGCGCCGCGGCGGCGGCGGCGCCGGUUCUCCUGGCCGUCCUCCUCCUGCUGCUGCCGCCGCAUUGGGCCGGCGCCGCCACGGACGUCGAGCGGCGGGUACUGCUGGACUUCAAGGCCGCCAUCACCGCCGACCCGCGCGGGGUGCUCGAGACGUGGACGCCGUCGGGGAACCCCUGCGACUUCGUGGGGGUCACCUGCGGCGGGGCCUCCGGCCCCGUGCAGCGGCUGCGCAUCCACGGCGCGGGCCUCGCGGGCGCGCUCUCCCCCUCCCUCGCGCGCCUCCCCGCGCUCGAGUCCAUCUCGCUCUUCGGCAACGCCCUCACCGGCGGCGUCCCGCCCAGCUUCCGCGCGCUCGCGCCCACGCUCCGCAAGCUCAACCUCAGCCGGAACGCGCUGGGCGGCGAGAUCCCGCCGUUCCUCGGCACCUUCCCCUUGCUCCGCCUCCUCGACCUCUCCUACAACGCCUUCGCCGGCGGGAUCCCACCCGCACUCUUCGACCCAUGCCUCCGCCUCCGCUACGUCUCCCUCGCGCACAACGACCUCACCGGCCCCGUCCCGCCGGGCAUUGCCAACUGCCCGCGCCUCGCCGGGUUCGACUUCUCCUACAACCGCCUCUCCGGCGAGUUCCCGGACCGAGUCUGCGCGCCGCCGGAGAUGAACUACAUCUCCGUCCGAAGCAACUCUCUCUACGGCGAUUUAGCCGGCAAGGUCGCCUCCUGCAGCAGCAUUGACCUCUUCGACGUCGGGAGCAACCGCUUCUCCGGAGCUGCGCCAUUUGCCCUCCUCGGCACGGUAAACAUCACCUACUUCAACGUCUCCUCCAACGACUUCGACGGCGAAAUUCCCAGCAUUACAACUUGCGGCAGCAAAUUCUCUUACUUGGACGCGUCCGGCAACCGGCUCACGGGGCCGGUGCCCGAGAGCGUGGUCAAUUGCCGCAACCUCAGGGUUUUGGAUUUGGGGGCGAAUGCUCUUGCUGGAGUCGUUCCACCUGUGAUUGGGACAUUGCGCUCACUCUCCGUGCUCCGGCUCGCGGGCAAUGCCGACAUCUCCGGUUCAAUCCCAGCUGAGCUUGGUGGGAUCGAGAUGCUUGUCACACUCGACCUCGCAGGCCUUAAUCUCACAGGAGAGGUUCCAGGGUCCCUCAGCCAGUGCAAAUUCUUGCUUGAGCUGAAUCUUUCUGGCAACAAACUUCAAGGAGCGAUCCCAGGCACACUCGACAACUUAACUUACCUCAAGAUGCUUGACCUCCACAGGAACCAGCUUGAUGGGGGCAUUCCCGUGACACUUGGGCAGCUCACAAACCUUGUUCUCCUAGACCUCUCUGAGAAUCGACUGACUGGGCCAAUCCCUCAAGAGCUUGGAAACCUCUCUAACCUUUCGCAUUUUAAUGUGUCCUUCAACAACCUGUCUGGCAUGAUCCCUUUCGUGCCGGUCUUGCAGAAGUUUGAUUUCACUGCAUUCAUGAACAACUCGUUACUAUGCGGCCCUCCAUUGAACAAUCUCUGCGGGGGGCAGGACCAGGGGCACCGGAAACGAUUGGGGGUGCCUAUCAUAAUUGCCAUUGUUGCUGCAGCCCUCAUACUUAUCGGGAUAUGCAUUGUUUGUGCCUUGAACAUCAAGGCUUAUACACGCAAGACUAGAGAUAUGGAGGACAGUAAGGAAGAGGAAGAGGUUCUGGUUUCUGAGAGCGACCCAAUUGCAUCACCAGGCUCAAAUGCAAUCAUCGGAAAGUUGGUGCUUUUCAGCAAGAGCUUGCCUUCAAGAUAUGAAGAUUGGGAAACCGGAACUAAGGCACUCCUUGAUAAAGAUUGUCUCAUUGGUGGUGGGUCAAUCGGUACGGUGUACAAAGCCACUUUUGAAAACGGCCUAUCCAUUGCUGUGAAGAAAUUGGAGACCCUGGGGAGGGUCAGAGGCCAGGAUGAGUUUGAGCAUGAGAUGAGCCAGCUCGGUAACCUCAGCCACCCCAAUUUGGUUGCUUUCCAGGGUUACUACUGGUCAUCCACAAUGCAGUUGCUUCUGUCCGAAUUUAUGGCCAACGGGAGCUUGUAUGAUCAUCUCCAUGGGAACCGCCCUUAUGCUUUCUCCGAGAGCAGCAGCAGAGGUGGUGGAGGUGAGCUGUUUUGGGAAAGGAGGUUUAACAUUGCACUUGGAGCGGCACGAGCACUUUCUUACCUUCACCAUGACUGCCGGCCACAGAUCCUGCAUCUCAACAUCAAGUCCUCCAACAUUAUGUUAGAUGGGAAAUAUGAAGCUAAGCUGGCUGAUUAUGGAUUGGGGAAGCUAUUGCCAAUUCUAGGAAGCAUUGAGUUGAGUAGAAUUCACACCGCCAUUGGGUAUAUUGCACCGGAGCUAGCAUCUCCGAGUUUGAGAUAUAGUGAUAAGAGUGAUGUAUUUAGCUUUGGGGUGGUUUUACUUGAGAUUGUGACAGGGAGGAAACCAGUAGACAGCCCUGGAGUGGCUACAGCAGUGGUUCUGCGUGAUUAUGUUAGGGAGAUAUUGGAGGAUGGAACUACAUCAGACUGCUUUGAUCGAAGCCUGAGGGGAUUUGUUGAAGCCGAAUUUGUUCAGGUGCUCAAGUUGGGUUUAGUGUGCACUUCCAACACACCUUCAAGCCGACCUAGCAUGGCAGAGGUGGUACAGUACUUGGAGUCCAUUAGAACUAGUUCUUGAUCUUCUGCUGUCAAAACAUGGCAGAGGUGGUAACAGGAAAGGUGUUUAUGAUUUUUCAACAGAUGAAGAUCGCAUUCUUUUUUUAUUCUUUACUGUGGCCCAGAUCAUUUGUAAAUUGUAUUUAGAUUUGUUGCUGAAUAAGCGAUUAUUUUGGUCUAAUUAUCAAAUCCCUGUUUAUGGUUU